AUGUGUUUCCCCAACAAACCUGGACCUUUCCACAGUCAUGCCUUUAUGAUGUCAGACCUCAUAUCCCCUGUAACUUGUGAUUGGGACAGGGAGAAAAUAAGAGAAGCCUUACUUGACUUAGAGCAGGAGAUUCUGAGUUUAAAGCUGAGUACUAAUGGAGCCGAGGAUACUUAUAUUGAUCAAGACUCAAAUAAGAAAGGCCUAGUAUUGGAUAUGUACUACAAGAGAGUGGGCCGAACAUAUGAGAAGUCUAUGAAGAGCUUCUAG